AAUGAUCUGUCACCUUACUGCUUUUUGGAUGGAAAGUGAAGAAUGGAAGAUCAUGCGCAAAACGUGAAAAACAAGCAGUGGCAAAAGCAGGACCUGACAAUCACACAGGUUCCCUGUACUUUAGAAGAUGCCUAUUAAAAACAUGAGAAAAUAGGAGUAUUAGCCUCACUUUUGAUAAUAUUAAGAAGCCAGACAGAGAUCAGAACUCGGUGGGUUUGCAGACUGGUCAAAGAAGUAGAAAGCAAAAUCAAAGUCUUGAUGGUUUGUAAUGGAUUGCAUUGUGUAAUAGAGGUCUCAUACCUUUUGGUUUACAGUUGUAGGUGGGUUUAUUUGUGCCAUAUAGUAUUUGUGUCUAGGGGAAUGACGUGUAAGUGAGAGAAGAAAUAGCAGUAGCUGGACAGACCAGUGAGAUUUGGGUUAGCCUGUUCAUCAGUGUUUAGAGAUGGGUACAGAACAAGGGACUGAUUUUCAAACAUGAUUUACUUAGAAACUUAAGAUGUAUUAAAGGACAGUGAGGCUAAAAUUUGGCAAUAAAUAUAUCACAUGCAAUAGUUAAAAGAAAUCCAUCAAAUCCAUGGAUAAAGAGAAGUUAAUAAAAGUGAUCAACAGUUGGCAGACCUGUACCUACUGGUUCCCUAAAGGGUGAUCUUAAACCAGAUUUUACUGGAAACCUCAAGAAUAUUGCAAAUGACGCUUCAUACUACACUAAUUAGGCCAAGGUCAUUUGUAAAACUGUUCAACAAAAGGUGAGCAAAUGCACCAGGCUGGUGACUUAAGCAAACGGGUGGAGCAAAAGUGGAACUGCCCUUUUUCUUUCUGCUACCUUUUUCUGCAUGAAAACUGCAGAUGAUUUUUGCAUCCUCCCAUUGCUGGCUUAUCCAGCCCACUCUGCAGGAUUUGACUGACAGGAGGAAAACAUACUUCUAAAUUAUUUGGUCACUGUAUUUAUUAUUUUUUUUUUUUCCGGUUUUCUCGCUGGUUUGCAAAGUCUCAGUUGGCUGCGUGCUGGGCUAUGAGCUGUUUGUCCAACAGGGCCUUUGUUCUGGUCUGUGCUCCAGCAAAAACUGGAAAAACCUGUUCACAUGCUUCUUUAUUUUUAUUUUUUUUUUCUGAUCUUCCUCUCCCAUUGGCAGUUGCAGCCUGUACACAUGCAAACAAGGUGGUGCCUGCCCUUCAUGUGGAAAACUGCCUUACAAAAACUGAGGUAGCUUUUUCCAUUAUCCCAAAGCUUUUCUAGCCUCAUGAAGGCUUUGGUGAAUGCUCCAGGAGUUAAACGCUGUUUGUUCUCCACAAAAUGUGCUUAGGCAAUCACUUUCUUUUUCUUCAAGCAAGGGGAAGGUGUUUGAGUGUGGCUCCAGCCCAGCCUUUUAAAUAAUGUUUUGUAGACUGGGAGAUCUGCAAAAGCCAGGCUUAUUGUGCAAUGUAGCUGUUUGGAUGCAGAAGUUUGUUUGCUUACAACAGCUGCUCAUGGUGUGGUGUUAACAUCUGUAAAGACGGGACAAACACUAAGACAGUAAGUUAGUCCAAGAAGUGGACAAACUGAGAAGAAAGUCUUCUUUCCAUCUCCUUCCUUUUCCCCUUGCUUUGUGCUGUUUUUUGGAGCCAGAAUGGGUCAACUGUGUGGACGAUGCAUGCAGCUGCUGCAGGACUUCAUGACCUUUGUUCAGAGGAUGUCUUCCGACCUUGUACAGGGCAUCAAGGAAUGCUUAACUCUGAUAAGCAAAUGCUUCUGCUUAAAACAAAACAGCUCUAAAGCCAGGCAGUUGUACAAACCCAUCCUGCAACCUCAUGAGAAGGUGACAGCACAGGAAUUUCUGCAGCAUAUUGAAACAGGUUUUGAAAUGUCACCCCUUGGAAAGGACCCUCUGGAAGCCUUGAGGACCUUAGCCUUUUCAGAAAAUGCAGGUUUACAGCAGUCUGCUGCCCUCUAUUACUUGCAUAUGAGUCAGCACAUGAACAUCUCCCUGCCUGUGGAGCAUCUGGAACCCUUCUAUGCAUUACUAAGGUCUGCUGACCUGGAGGUGCAGCAGAUGGCUUCUUUGUCCCUUGUAAACUUCUUGCUGGAAGGAAACAUUGACAGAGAAUUAGUUGUCCAGAUGGGUUUACUUGAGCCAAUUCUGGAUCUGCUCGAGUCAGAAGAUGCCACUGUCCAGUGUAAUUCCUGUGCCUGCACCAUGACUUUGGCCGUUUCAGAGUCCAACCGAGAGGCUAUUGGCGCUGCUCAAGGAAUUACACCCCUACUGUCUCUUGCCAAUUCCCAUGAUCCUAGGGUCCAACAAAAUGCAGUUGGUGCUAUUCUCAACCUCACACAAUCAGAGAAAAUCCAGCAGGUCCUGUGCAAGGAAGGAGCCCUACCAGUUCUUGCCUUGCUGUUGGAAUCUCCUGACUCAGAAGUGCAGUAUUACAGCUGUGCUGCUCUGAGCAACGUGGCAGCCAAUGUUCAGUACCAUGAAGCCAUGCUGAGACCCAGCAACAGAUUCGUGUUGCGGACACUUAUCUCUCUCCUGUCCUCUUCCGUGGACAAGGUUUCAAGCCAGGCAUGUGUUUGCCUGCGGAAUUUGGCUACCAGUGUGGACAUCCAGGCUGAGAUGGUUGCUGAGGAUGUCCUGCCCAAGCUGCAUGCUCUCCUGGCUUCUGGCAGCGAGGAUGUGUGUCGAGCCUCCAUCGCUCUGCUCUGGAUACUGUCCGAACACCCACACAACCAGGACACUCUGGCAUGUGCUGAGCUACUACAGAGCCUGGGGAUGCUACUACUGGCACAUAAAACAGACCCUGUGAUUGUUGGCCAUACUGCGUGUAUCAUCAAAAACCUGAGCCUUUCCAAAAACAGACAGAGAAUCUUUGAGAGCCCAUGUGUUGAAGGUCUCCUCCAGACCAUGCUUUCUACCAAUACUGAAGAAGACUCUCUUCAUUACGUGACAUCUUGUCUUGCUGAGCUAGCAAAGCAAGGAGCCACAUUACACAUGGUCCAAUGGAUGGAUGAACCCUUGACAAAGUGCUUGGUGAGACUGGCUGGCCAACGGGAACAUACUGAGCCAUCUUUUCAAGCUGCCUCUAUCAUCCAGCACAUGAUAGGUCAUGAAAAAAUGAUGCUUUUGUUGAAGCGGCACAUCAGAGAUAUUCAGGCCUACCUCAAGAAUUUUCUUACCCAUCGAGAGAUCCGCUUUCAGCAGCUGGGCAUCUCCACAUUCUGCAGACUUCGAGACGAUCCAGAAUUUUCAUUAGAAUUCAGAGAAACCCAAAUGGCCAAACUCCUUGAGCAACUCCGCCAACAAACAGAAGAAACUCAAGAGCUCCUUAGGGCAGCUAUUUGCCAUGAAGAUAGUAUUUAAGCCAGAUAGCUUAUCAGAACUUACCAAAGCCUUCAAAACUUUCAGAGAAGACAACUCUUUUCAUUGCUUCCUGUAGUUUAAGGUUUCCUGCUACUUACAAUUUCAUCAAAGAGAUGUUCUGAUAACAAAAACCCGAGCAGGUUAAACGACAAUCCCUUGUAUACUUUGGCUGGCUGCUGAAGUGUGCUUGAGGACUAUGGCUUCAUUCCUUCCAAAGGGUUUGUAAGACACACGUUAUGCUUGGGUAAUCCUCAGUGGUUUGGUUUUUGUUCCCUCACCCUCACCUCCAAAACAACAGCGCUGUAUUCAUAAGGUUUUAUUAAUGUAACGGGUGGAUUCUUCUGAAGAGGCAUCUCUCAGAUACACAGGUUACUCUGCAUUCAUCUUUAUUUUGUUUCUGUUCCACGUCCUUUAUCUCAGAGCGCACUCCAGGGUUUUGACUUUAGAAAACAAUUGAAUUAAGAUACAAUAUAAAGGUAGCAAACUACUUACAGGUUACUACAGAGAGUAACUGCUGAAGGGCAACUCAGAAAUUGAAAGCAAUUUAUAAGAAACUAGAACUGGGCAAGCCUUAGGGCUGAUCCUUACCUACACUGUAGGCAUUAAACUCCAGAAGAGCAAAGGCACACUGAGGCAGGUCAAUGUUGCAUAAAGCAUGCUCAGAAUAUAGCCGCUACCAUUGAUUUGGGUGAGAUGUGUUUGAAUACAGAAAUCUGUGCUCUGCAAAUGGUAAAUUAUUUCCAAAGGUACUUGCAACCAGGCAAAAGUGAACAUCUUUGGUAAAAUUAGAAAUUUAUCUCAUAUAUUCUAUCUUUCAUCAAUACUUUUUUUUUUUAAUAAAAAAAUCCUCCUGGAGCUUCAUGUUGAACUGGCUGGAAUGCUGAAAUUUUGGAACCACUCCUACAGCAAACAUCUGCUUCCAGAUAGCAUUUUCUUAUUAAAACAUUUCAGAAGAGUUUACUGACUGUUGUGGUUUAACCCCAGCAAGCAGCCACUUGCUCACUCUCCCCCCAGAGGGAUAGGGAAGAGAAUAAGAAGGGCAAAGGUGAGAAAACUCAUGGGUUGAAAUAAAGACAGUUUCAUGAGUAAAGCAAAACCUACGCCAUGUAAGCAAAGCAAAACAAGGAAUUCAUUCACUACUUCCCAUGGGCAGGAUGGUGUUCAGCCAUCCCCAGAACAGCAGGGCUCCAUCACACAAAACGGUUACUUGGGAAGACUAACUCCAUCACUCUGAAGAUUCUCUUCUCUUCCUCCUUCUUCCCCCAGCUUUAUGUGCUGAGUGUAACAUCAUAUGAUAUGAAAUAUCCCUUGUGUCAGUUGGGCCCAGCUGUGUCCCUUCCCAACUUGUGCAUCACCAGCCUCCUCGCUGGUAGGGCGGGUGGGGUGAGAGGCAGAAAAGGACUUGAGGCUGUGUAAGCACUCCUCAGCAAUAACAAAAACAUCCCUGUCUUAGCAGCAGUGUUUCCAGCGCAAAACCAGAACACAACCUUAUAGGAGCUACUAUGAAGAAGAUCAACUCUACCCUGGCUAAAACCAGCAUAAUGAUCUUUUGAGGUACUUCUGACCAUGGUAAAACUCUUAAAUGCAUGUAGAGCUUUAGAGCAUCUGCUACUGGCUACAUGAAAUAAAACUUGGUAUAAAAGUGAGACUAGAAAUCAUAAAAUAUAAUUCUCUUAACUAAGUGUUAAACAUUGCAUUUAGUGUGGCCCAAAUUGCUAAAUUUAGUUUGAUGCUUGGGGGAGGCACUUCUGUCAAUUAUCCCUUUUAAUAACUGCAAGUUUUCUCCAAUAGUACCGGGUUUUGGUUGGGUUUUUUGUUGGUCUGGUUUUCUUUGUUUGGUUUUUGGUUUUGUUUCUUUGUUUUGUUUUGUUUUUAACCACAACCAAAACCACAUUCGAAAGCUUCUCUGCAGUGCAGUUAACAAGACCUGGGAAAGAGCAGGCAGACUUCAGAUAAAGGAGUAUGGUGUUUUCAGUAUUCAUGUGUGACAGGAAUUUUGGUUUGAAAUCUCAUGUGAAAGACCCCUGUGCUCAGCUGUAGGCAGCGGGGCUUGUUAAGACAGAGGACUACAGAGAGCUGAAUGACACAGCUAAGAAUUAAAUCAGAAAAUCUCAACCUUAAGAUAAUUUUCCAAAACGAAAAUCUGUCAACAGUGCAAUCUGUCCUACAUCUGUAUUAUUAAGUAUUUAACUGCAAACUUUAUUUCAAGGUCUUGGCAAGAAAGAAAAUAAUGAAACAUUCUUCCUCAGAAUGAGGAGAUAAGAGACAUGAGAAACACGCAAAGCUAAUGGUGAACCACCCAGUAGCUGUGAUGUAUUGAAUGUCAUCCCUGCAAGCGUUUAUGUUGCACUGUUAAGAAGAGAGCAAGGAGCCAAGUCUUUCCAAAGCACACAGCCUAACUGCUGUGAAAGGGUGCUGCUCCUUACCUUCACAAUAGCUGUCUGGCCGUCCACAAUUGCUA